GUUUGACUGAUAAAUAUAAACUUUACGUGCGUGUAGCUUUAUCUACAUGCUUCCUGAUACCGCAUUAAGAUUCUUCAUCACCAUAACCGACUGUACAGUUACCGUUAACCCUUUGAUUCGUAGCCAUGUGUGGAAUCUGGGCGCUGUUUGGCAGUGAUGAGUGCCUGUCCGUACAGUGCACAAACGCCAUGAAGAUCGCCCACAGAGGACCAGAUGCCUUUCGCUUCGAGAAUGUCAACGACUUCACCAACUGCUGCUUCGGCUUCCACCGCCUCGCCAUCGUGGACCAGCUGUACGGCAUGCAGCCACUGCGAAUCAAGAAGUUCCCCUACCUCUGGCUCUGCUACAACGGAGAGAUCUACAACCACCUCACACUGAAGAAGCAGUUUGACUUCGAGCACCAGACCCGUAUGGACGGGGAGGUGUUGCUUCACCUGUACAGCCAGUUCGGGGCGCAGAAGAUGGCCUCUCUGUUGGACGGGGUCUUCGCCUUCAUCCUUCUGGACACGGCCAACCGCAAAGUCUGCAUCGGACGAGACACGUACGGAGUCAGACCCCUCUUCAAACUGCUCACCGAUGAUGGGUUCCUGGCUGUCUGCUCCGAAGCCAAAGGCCUGACGCAGCUGUCCCACACCAUGUCCUCUCCGGUUAAUGUGGAAGCCUUCCUCCCUGGACACUUCGAGGUCUUUGACUUGAAGCCCAAUGGGAAAGUCCAGUCUAUUCAGAUGGAGGCUUUUCACUGCUGCACAAAGGAGCCUGCCCACGCCAUCUACGACUCCGUGGAGAGACUGCCCACAAGUUUUGAUGAGGAGACGGUGAAGAGUAACAUCAGAGCUCUGUUUGAGAACGCUGUGAGGAAACGGCUCAUGGCUCACCGCAGAAUCGGCUGCCUUCUCUCAGGGGGUCUGGAUUCGAGUCUGGUGGCAGCUACUCUGGUGAAACUGGCCAAAGAGGACAAACUGCAGUACCCCAUCCAGACCUUCUCCAUCGGCUCAGAGGACAGCCCCGAUGUUCGGGCUGCUCGAAAGGUGGCUGCUCACAUCGGCAGUGAACAUCAUGAGGUGAACUUCUCGGCGGAGGAGGGGAUCCAGGCUGUAGAAGAAGUCAUCUAUCACCUGGAGACGUACGACAUCACCACCAUACGAGCCUCUGUGGGUAUGUACAUUGUGUCUAAGUACAUCCGGCAGAAGACGGACAGUGUGGUGAUCUUCUCUGGCGAAGGGUCUGAUGAGCUGACUCAGGGAUACAUCUACUUCCACAAGGCUCCGUCCGCCAGAGUGGCGUCAGAGGACAGUAUACGACUGCUGAAAGAGCUCUACCUGUUCGACGUGCUUAGAGCCGACCGCACCACUGCCGCACACGGUCUGGAGCUGCGUGUGCCGUUCCUGGACCACCGCCUGACUGCGUACUUCCUUUCUCUGCCCGAGGAGAUGAGGAUCCCCAAGAACGGUGUGGAGAAACAUCUGCUGAGGGACUCUUUCAAAGGCCUGGACCUGAUCCCAGAGGAGAUCCUGUGGAGGCGUAAAGAGGCCUUCAGCGACGGCAUCAUGUCCUCUAAGAAGUCCUGGUACACGUGCCUGCAGGAGCACCUGGAGUCUGUGGUGAACGAUGAUGAGAUGAUGAAGGCUCACGUCACAUUCCCCCACAACCCCCCUCCCUCCAAAGAGGCCUAUUAUUACAGGCAGGUGUUUGAGAAGCACUUCCCCGGACGCGCCCAGUGGCUCUCUCAUUUCUGGAUGCCACGCUGGAUCAACGCCACGGACCCCUCGGCCCGCACGCUCAGCAUCUACAAACCAGAGAAGGACCAGUGAAGCCCGCUGCCUCCCCCUGCUGCUCGGGAGCUGCUUGUGUGCAAGUGCAAUUAGACUGUUAGUGUCGUACAUCAGGUUUACUAAAUUUUCUCUACAUCCUGUUGCAUAAAACUAGGUGUUGAUAAACUGAUGAAGGACCGUUAUAAUCCUAAAUCAAGCUUCUAGUCUUAGUGUUUUGUCAAAUAUACCUGGCGUUGGGUUUUGUUUCAAGUAGGCCUGUAACGAUAACAGAUUUUGCUCGAUGAUUAAUUGACCAAGAAUUUAUUGCGAUAAACGAUAAUAUUGACAUUUUGAGACCAAUUUCAACUAAUAUAAUGAUCUUGGAAUAAAAAUGCAAAUACACCCUUUCAAAGAUCAAUAAACCUUACUUUCUAAAGAACAUUUAACACAGAAACUGUAAGACAACCAAAAAAUAUAGACUUGAAUAAAACAAACUUGAUAAUAUUAGAACAGCCUAAUGUAGUCUGGUUUACAGCAAGGACACUUGAAUAAACCAUUGUUGAACCAAACACAACCAAAACAAUAAAUAAAAUGGAACUGGAACUGUAACUGUAUUGACUUCCAUUGGAAUAAUGUGUCUCGUCACUCUGUGGCUGCUGCUGUGAGCCUCGUCAUUUUGGUCUUGAAGUUUUCGUAUUAACCCGUGACACAGAAUCCUGUUUCGCUCUGAGGGAGCCUGUGUCCUGUCUGGUAUCAUGUCGGUUUCUUGUAGGAUUUCGGGAUUUCGGGCUGUCCCAGGUCGGGGCGGUUUGUGUCGAUCGGGGUUGGGUGUGCGUCGGCUGUUGGGGUUUGAGACAUUUCUUCUCGUCGUUUGUGUUUCGCUCGCUGCAUUUGACACAAGUGGCCGUUAAGACGUGUCCCACUCCCUCGUGUUGAUUCGGCAUCGUGACUUGUUUUGUCACAUGGCGAUGAACUGUUUUGGUCCUGACGGCGGCGCUAGCUUGUGUUGCGGCAUUUUCCUCACUCAGCAUCCGCUGUGUUGUUAAACAAAUAAUCCGUCUAGUCUGCGCUGGCACAUUUAUUCAAGCGCCAUUAAACGAGUUAAACAAGAGGAGUCAGAGAGCGAUAGAAGCCUUUUGACAUUCAACCUCUUUGAGAGCGAGAGAGAGACAGAAGAAUCGUACGAUUAAUUGAUUUAUCGGUUAUCGUUACAGGCCUAGUCUCAUGUUCUUGAGCCCACUGCUGCUAACUGUGUUUUUGUAUGCUUAAAAUCAGGGGGAAGCUUUAACUUUUUUAUUUUUAAUUUUUUCUGACCUUAAAGCUGCCAUCUGUAAGUUUGUUCGAUUUUGUUUUUUUGUUUUUUUAACCAGUAAAUGGCAGCUGUGAAACCUGUUCCUCCCUCCCUCUCCCCUCACCUUUGUUCAGACUCCAUUUCUCAGUCUGCAGACUGCGUACUCGUGUAGUCCCAGGUCCAGACUUGUGUCGCAGACUCAGAGAAUGGACUUGAGGAGUUCACGAGCACACACACUCUCACACACUCACACACACACACACACACACACACACACACACACACACACACACACACACACACACACACACACACACACACACACACACACACACACACACACACACACACACACACACACACACACACACACACACACACACACACACACACACACACACACACACACGGAUGCUCGGCUCUCAGCUUUUGGGACAGGUGGACUUAAAAAUAAAACUCAUGCGGGUCCUCGCUGUAAUCUAAUAUUACAUUUUAUUUAAAAACAUAAAAAUAUUUAUUCUUUGAGCGACCUGCAGAUUUAGACUAAUUAUGGUGCUGCUAAUUAAUAUUUAAAGAAUUAUAAAAGAAAAUAUAACUAAAAAAAUAAAUAAAUACAUUAAGAUAAAAAAAAAAAAAAAGCUUAGACUAAUUUAUUCACUAUUCAAACUGAGACACACUCAUAUUUCAUUCAUAUUUUAAUUUGAUAUUAUAUAUUAAGCUCUGAGGAAAUAGAAGCAAUGAGUAGUUUUAGCAGUAAUAGGUAAUUAUAUAUAAUAAUUAUAGGUCUCAUAGUUAUAUAGUGUUUCCAAAUGUGAUAAAUAUGAUAGGACUUUCAAUAUAAUAUCACUUUUGCUGAUUUCGGACUAAACUUUUCAGAUACUCUGUCUAUCACAGUCAUGGCCAAAACUGUGGCACGUUGGCAUCUGUUUGUCCCAUAUGGGCCCGGGGAAGGUGAGUGGGUGAGUUUGAGCAACACAGGCUGGCGUACCUCCUCCUUCAGCUAUUGUUCAGAGUCUGCCAUAAAGUUUUAGUUUUCGUAAUGUUUCUCACCAUUCAAAGAGCGUGUUGUUCAGGUGAAACUGUGACCAUCCUCAAGUUAUAGAUGGAUAAACCUUUUUGCCUGGCGACCCUUGACCUUUAAAUUACUCUGGGUUACCUUCACAUCACAGAAAUUUGAACAUAUUUUUAACAUUUCACUGCUGACGCUAUAGAGGCUUUGCACCGUCACGUGUCCCCAUGGCAACGGUAACUACGCCGCCAUGACACCGGGCACGUUAUGCCAUUGACUUCAGCAGCAUUGAAGAAACAUGGGCAGGUUUUGUUGUGUAUUUGGGUGUUUUAGACGCUCUGAUAGGGAUAAAACGAUUCGUUUCUUCACUGUUCCUCUGGAAAUUACUCAUCAGGAGCUCAAACAAGGGAAUUAUCGAAAAAAAAGACAGGAAUUAUGGCGAAGAGAUUUCCUAUGGUAACAUCAAGACACACUCAUGUCACUUUCAUCAAGGUAUUUGCUUUUUAAAUUGUUUCAUAGCUUAUUUAAUGAGAGAAGCACAUUUACUGAACUAAAAUUUAAAAAGAAAACAUUUGCAGUGUGAGUGGCAGUAGAAACUGUAUCUUCCAACGCACAUAUAAACAUGUCACUUGCCGUAGGACCGGUUUUCUUUAUUGUCUUGCUUAUCCACAACUGUGUCUUCUAGAAUUAAUCUUUUCAUGGCCGAUUCUUUAGAGGUUCGACUCAGACUCUUUGACUCGUGCGCCAUGUUGAUCAUAGGAGCCCAGUGUGGGUUUGUUGAAUCGUAAACUAAUGCGGGUUUUCCUGGAUAAAUUUAUGAAAUUUUAGUUCAGUAAAUGUGCUUCUUUCAUUAAAUAAGCUAUGAAACAAUUUAAAUACUUAGGGUGUCUUGAUGGUACCAUUGGAAAUGGUAACUUUAUUUCUACACCCCAAUUAAAAUUUAAUGUCCUUUAAAGCCACAGUAUGGAACUUUUAAGCCAAAACAUAGAUUACGAUAAAAUGCAUAUGUAUAUUUUUUAUUUGGUUGUGCUAAUUGGUCUGUAAAACUCCAGAAAACAUGCACCCUGAGCCUUAUGUGGCCUGAUGGAGGACUAAUCUUUCACAUUAUGUCAUAACACGUGUCUAUCCCUAUGAAGAAUGUUCCGUAGUAUCGUUUUAACUUUCUGUGUCCUUAGAAACGUGCAGGUGAUGUGUAAUUUCUGAAUGAACCUAUGCAGAAUUACCUCAUUUUCAUUUGAUUACCACAUGAUAAUUAAGUUUUAUCAAUAUGUAAAUGCAAUGCUGCUAAUUAAAAAUGUAUUUCUAUAUGGCUGAUGAGCUCUGCCGAUAUUUUGGGGCAGAUACGUGGAACCGAUUUAGUAUUUUUUUCUGAAUUAUCCAAAUUUAAAUAUAGUACAAACUCAUCCACAACUUUCCUUUACUUCAAAUUGUGUAGAGCAGCAAAUUCACAGAGGCCAAAAUUAAAAACCGGGACAUUGUGGGCCAAACUAAAUAUUUAUUGAACAAUUUCAUCAACAUCUGCAUGUUUUCUCUUCUUUUGAGAUACGUAAUGUUAAACCUUUUCUUAUUAAAAUAAAUGUUUAAUAAUAGUUUUGCUUAAACAUUGAAUCUAUAACAAGCAUCAUAUGAAAUAAUAACAUUUUAAAUAAAUAAUGUCUCUAUAGUCUAUCUGUAGCCGGUGGGCAGCUCUAAUAUAUAUUUGAUAUGAUCUCACAGGCCAAAUAUAAUUACCGUAUUUUUCGGACUAAAAGAUGAGUAUAAGUCGCAGGAAACACCCAAACCAUGAAAACAGUGUGACUUAUAGUCCAAAAAAUACAGUAUAUCGUGGGCAAAAUGUUAUCCCCAGGCCUGAGUUUGACAUGUCUGGUGUAGAGUCCAGUGUAGGCACAUAUUUACAAUCCCCUCUUUGGACUGAAGUGUUCAAAUAAAGCUUUAUGCAGAUAUUGACCCUUGCUGGAGAUUUCUAGCUGAUAGCUGAUACUCUAAAAAGGGCAAAUAUCGGUCCUUUAUAUCGAUCUCUAGCUGCAACUGUGAAUUCUUAAUGCUUUCUCCAAAGGUCUAAACUUUCUGUACUGUUGGGCUUGUGAACAUCUAAGCUUUUCUCACUGAUGCUGAUUCAUAUGUCAGGGCCGAAGAGCCGCCGUCACCCACAUUUCACUGCUGAAUGAGGCUUAGUCACGCUACACUAACAGCAGUCAUUGUAUAGUAGCUCAAUCAUGUUUCUUUUCACUCUUUUUCAUCAAGUGGCUUCAUUUUUUUUUUAUGUCUCGCUGACCACUAAAUUAAAUAAGUUUGGCUACGAAAA